AUGCUGCGGUACCGGCGAUACCGCGUAUUCCUGAUAUUAGCGGCUAUCCUCACUCUCGUCAUUGUUCGAUUAAGACACACAAGGGACUGGGCGCAAUAUCCGUUGACUGCAGGCUUCGAGAAUACCCCUGCGCAGAAGGAGGGCAAUUAUGGCGGAUCUCCUCCAGUCAAAACCACAACUCCAGCCAAAAUUGAGAAGGCAAAAGAGACUCCACGGUCCAAAACCCAGCAGAAAUUGGCCUCGAGUACACCAACACCCAAAAAUGUCGCUUCCUCCACGCCAGUUGCAGAGGGCCUGAAGUCCACCCCUGAAUCUGUGCCCCAGAUCGUGCUACCAGACAGAGAGCCAUUGCCACCAACCAAGGUCUCCAUGGAAGAAGAGGAACUUGAUUUGCAUCCAGUAGCGCCGCCCGGGAGACAAGAAUUACCUGCAUUUUCUGCAGUGCCAACGACGAUACAUUGGGAGAAACAGGUGGAGCAUUUCCCUGUACCUGCAGAGUCUAUCAUCCACCUACCAACAGGCGUGCCUGUCAAAAUACCAAAGAUCCAACAUGCAUUCAACGACGAGACCCCGACUGCGAAGAUCAACCGCGAAAAACGCCAAUCGAAGGUCAAGGAGGAAUUCAAGAGGGCGUGGACUGGAUACAAGAAGCAUGCAUGGCUACACGAUGAAUUGUCACCCGUCACUGGCAACUUUCGGGAUCCGUUCUGUGGGUGGGCUGCGACUUUGGUGGAUUCUUUGGAUACACUGUGGAUUAUGGGUCUGGAGGACGAAUUCGAGGAGGCUGCCAAAGCUAUCGACAUGAUCGAUUUCACGACAAGCCCACGUAGUGAUAUACCAAUGUUUGAGACGACAAUUAGAUAUAUGGGAGGUCUUCUGGCUGCAUAUGAUGUUAGUGGUGGGAAAUAUAAGAAUUUACUGACUAAAGCUAAGGAAUUGGGGGAGAUCUUGAUGGGGGCUUUUGACACUCCGAACAGGAUGCCGGCUUUAUAUUACCGAUGGAAACCAACUUUUGCAUCACAGCCCCAUCGAGCAGGUCAGAGGUCUAACCUCGCAGAACUAGGAUCUUUAUCAAUGGAGUUCACGAGGUUAUCACAAUUGACCAAUGAUCCUCGAUACUACGAUGCCGUUGCCCGAAUCACACUUGCACUGUCGGAUUGGCAGGACCGCGGCACCCAGCUUCCCGGUGUCUUCCCCGAUAAUGUCGAUGCAUCUGGUUGCAACCGAACCGUGGCGGAUGUCCAAUUACCUAAGUCUGUGCCUGCAGAGGCAUCAAUAAGUCCAGCGAAAGAUGCAGAGGAACCUAUUGGAUUUCAACCCGUCGAUCCAGAAAAUGUGAAGGAACCGAGACCAAGGAAGAAGAAGGUCAAGGGAGAUACGAAUGACCUCAUGUUGGAGGUGCAGGUGUUGCCUGGAGAGCCGAGCAAAGCUCAAAUCCUUGGUUGGGCCGAGGACCUACCUGUUGGGCACAAGCAAAAGCAAAAGAAGGUUUCUAAGAGAGAUACAGUUGAAGAGAAACCCCCAGCCGCGGACCUCGCUAGCCCAAGCCCAAAUACCCCGACCCCGACCCUAAGUCCUACUACCGACAGAAUUACUGGAUUGCCACUCGACAUUCCGGCAGCAAAAGCUGCUGUUGGCGAUACUGUUGGAAACUGGGACUGCGUUAUUCAGGGCUUGGAGCCAGCGUCCCCUGGAAGAGGAAAGUUUUCUAUGGGAGGUGGACAAGACUCUACUUAUGAGUACUUUCCAAAGGAAUAUCUCCUUCUUGGGGGCCUUGACGAGACGUAUCGAAAGAUGUAUCUCAAAACUAUUGAUGCAGUCCGGAAGUGGAUGCUUUACCGGCCUAUGGUUCCCGACAACCGUGAUAUCUUAUUUUCUGGAUCCAUCACAACCAUGGGCGACCCCGAACUCGAUCUUAAGCUGAGUGCUGAUGUAGAGCAUCUCACUUGCUUCAUCGGUGGCAUGGUUGGGAUGUCAGCCAAGAUCUUUGGUAUCGAAGGAGAUCUAGAGAUUGCCAAGAGGCUGGCUGAUGGUUGUGUCUGGGCCUAUGAAUCAACGCUCACGGGAAUUAUGCCCGAAGGCGCCACGGUCAUGCCCUGCAAGAGCUCUGAGCACUGUACCUGGAAUGAAACGGCGUACUGGGAGUUCUUAGACCCUACGGGAGCGCAAAGAGACGAGAACUUGAGGGAAUACAUUGCGAAUAAAGCGGCUCGUGAAGCAGAGAAAAAGGCCCAGGAGGAGGCAGCAAAGGUAGCACUCAGGGCAGAAGCAGAACUAGCCAAUGCUGAAGUCAGAUCUGGCAACAGCACCAGUCCUCUGGCAGAGGAAGAUAUAUCUGAUUAUGAGUUGGAUACCCUUCCUGAUUCUCCCGGUAGUGCAGCUUUGAAGAAGGACAAACCGGUCUCACUGCACAAACGUCAGACCGUGAGCUCCCCGAAGUUCGAAGUCCCCAAGCCUAUUACUCAUAACUUCCAGGGCAGUGUUCCUGCAGCAAAGCUGGCGAUAUCACAAGACACACAUGAACAGAAGGCGAACGCCAAAACCAUGUACCAACAGAAAUUCGAGCAUACAGAAUCAGAAUUAGCAUCUAUGGCGGCAGUCGGUCGACCCGUUGCAAAUAUCCCUGAAUCACCCACUCCUACCACCCAGAACCAAGUCUUCUACGACCCUGGCCAACCCCUCUCCCACAAAGAAUACGUCGAGCAAGUAAUCAACCAGCAAUCUCUUCCCCCCGGAUUCGCCACCAUCAAAUCGAGGAAAUACAUCCUCAGACCCGAAGCCAUCGAGUCAGUCUGGUACAUGUACCGCAUCACCGGCGACGAGACAUGGCAAGACAAAGGCUGGCGCAUGUUCGAGUCGAUCAUCAACGCAACGUCCACCAAGCACGGCCACUCGGCCAUCUACGACGUCCUAGACGGCGACCACUACCAGAUCGACGAGAUGGAGUCUUUCUGGUUGGCCGAAACGCUCAAGUAUUUCUAUCUGCUGUACUCGACGCCGGAUGUCAUUAGUCUGGAUGAGUGGGUAUUGAAUACGGAAGCACAUCCGCUUAAGAGGCCUGUUGCUGGGGUAAAGACUUGA